CCACUCGGCAGCCGUCUCUGUGUGUGCGUGCGGGUGCGGGGGGGGAGGGGGGAAAUCCUGUGUUCUGCCAGCCUCAGGUCCCGUCCUUCGGAUCCUGCCAUUUAUCCAUCAGAAAGAUUUCUGCAGCGCCUCAAGCCAGCCCAAGACAGCAUGUCUGGGAGCAAAUACGUAGAUUCAGAGGAUUUUCUCUAUACGGGGCCUAUCCGGGAGCAAGGCAACAUCUACAAGCCCAACAACAAGGUCAUGGCUGACGAACUUAGCGAGAAGGAAUUCCAGGACGUCCACACCAAAGAAAUCGACUUAGUUAACCGGGACCCCAAACAUCUCAACGACGAAGUGGUGAAGAUUGACUUUGAAGAUGUGAUUGCCGAACCUGCAGGAACCCACAGUUUCGAUGGGAUCUGGAAGGCCAGUUUCACCACCUUCACUGUGACGAAAUACUGGUUUUAUCGCUUAUUGUCUGCAAUCUUUGGCAUUCCCAUGGCUCUUAUCUGGGGCAUUUUUUUUGCCAUUUUGUCAUUCUUCCACAUCUGGGCCGUGGUGCCUUGUAUCAGAAGCUACCUAAUUGAGAUCCAGUGCAUUGGCCGAGUUUAUUCUAUCUUUAUCCAUACUUUCUGUGAUCCAUUCUAUGAGGCUGUUGGCAAAAUGCUGAGCUCUAUCAGAGCAACAGUACGAAAGGAAGCAUAAAUGACACUUCAAGGAGUUGAAGAAUGAGGUUUUUUUCCCCUUCCUUCAUAGUUUGGUGCCAGUCUCAAGGCUGCCAUAAAUUAAUAAAGUGACUGGCACUUUAUGCAGCAUCACUCAAAAAACAACAACAACAACAACAACCAACUUGAAUGCAGCAAAUAAUUCCUUUUUAACUUUCUUUGCUAUUUAAUCCCUCCUGGGUUUAUGCUAUUUAUUCUUUUCAGGAGGAAAGUCAAUUUGCAUUAAACAAACACAAACAAAUUAAAUAGCUGCUCGUCCAUUUCACCUGCUUGCUGUUUUGCUGACCUUUGAUGAAUUGACUUCUGUUCUGCAUACCCCUUCCAUUCAUUUGUUGCAAAUUAAACUCACAUUGAUUAUAAUGCAGAAUUGCAAAUACGCUUUCCAGCACUAUCAUAUUGCUCUGCAUUUUACUGUGAGUAAAAGAAGUAUAAAAGCUACUGCAGCAUAAUGCACAUGGCAACAAGCUGGCAGAUGUCAACAGAAUGUUCCUUUUAUAGAUGUAUUGUCAGAUGACUGUAGCGCUUUACUGUAGUGACCAUAUCUACACACAGAUUUAAAGAAAUGACUACUGUAACAUAUGUGCUGAGAAAAGGAGAUCAAGUGUCUUUAAAAAGACAAAGCUUUCAAUUCAAAUAACUGGGCAUGUUGACAAAAAGCUAAUAGUAUUGCUUCUGUCUUAUUUUGUAAUCCCCAUGACAGAGUAUUUGGAUUAUAAAUAUAUAAUAUAUGUCACUAAGAGAAAAUGUAAGGGGUGACCUUAGUGUUUUUCUUUAACCAAAUAAUUUAUGAAACCCUGAUGACACUUGCAUGCAAAGCUUCAUGCAAAGAAUGGACCCUUUUCACUGAAAUCUUCUUAACUAGAAAUGGCAGGAUCUGAACAAACAGCUUUUUAGAAAUACAACACAAUUUUAUCUCUGAACAAAUACUUCUAAAAAUUUCAAUAUAUAAAGCAAAAGUCAAGGUAGGAAUAUAGUUGGAUUUAUUUUCUGAAAAUGCUUCCAUCAAGAAAAUCCUUAUGGCGUGCACAUAUUGAAAGUUAAUUUAUCCCUAGAUUAAAAUAACACUAUUGUAUUUAAUUUUUUUAGCUUCAUUCCUAAGAACAGAUGUUCUAAUUAAUUUAAAUAAAACUUACUACAAAGGGACUAAUUGUUCUCUUAAAAGUAGACAGCAAGGUAUGUACAAAUUGUGUUGAAUCAUGCCAACUAUAAACUGGGUUUUAAGAGUGAUUUGGCUGUUUUCUAUGAGAACAGCUUUAAGAAUCUUUAAAACAAAGUUAUUAAAUCCAAGCAGGUUCCCCAGUCUGCUAGUCCUGUUUACACAUUGCUAACUUUUUCCCAGUCAUCCAUACAAGUGGUUUGGGCAGCACUAUGUUAUGGUUCACCUUCCCCACCCAGCCACCCCAUUCUAAACUGAGCUAUACAUAAUUCAAGGAGUCUUCCAGGUGCAUAAAACUGUAUGAAAGAUACAGAAAUAAAGCAAUUAUAGUGUUAUUUAAUAUUGUGUUACAGAAUCUUUACUGUCCCCACAGUGACAAUGAAGUGAGAGAAUAGCUUCAUUGGUUUUGCAUGAAUAUGCUGCUUUCCUUAUAGCUAUUAAACCAGAUCAGCUUUCUUAGAUAUAAACUGAAGAAUUUCAAAGUGUGUUCUGCUUUGUUAGAAACUAGUUACAAAGAUGGCUUACUUGGAUCUUGAGUAUCUAGAAUAGGUUCUGGGUACAGCCCUAGCAUAAUUAACUAGCCCUGGCUAGUUUUUUUAAUUAUCUGAUUGCUUCAACCUGUCUAUUUUUUUUUAGUGUAAGCCUAAGCCUAUUCACUAAGAGAUUGGUCUCCAUCAACUGAGGCAGGCAAGUGCUGAUCCCAAACAUGUUGCUUAUCUGAACUGGAGCUCAAAUGGCACUUCUCUUCUCCUACACCAACCUAAAGUUGCCCCUGUAAAAUAAAAAUAAAAAUCCACUCAUAUCCACUCAAUACUUCAUCCUUCUAUAUGACAGGACCAGUCCUGAAGGGGACAUCUUCAUGGUAAUUGAAACUUAACAUUAUACCAAAAUUGCUUGGAUGGUCUGUAAAUGUCUUGCUUUUUGCAAAUACAGGUUUUACUAAGAGUAAUCUUGGUGUCCUUCAUUAAAUUACAUUUCUACUACAUUAGAUAAUUAGUUGAUUAGACUUAUCUUUCAUGUCCACAUGCAUUGAUACAGGAUCAUAGCAGCUUAUUAUUUUGAAUAAAGGAUGAGCAUUUUAUUGACAAUAGGCAAUGUUUGCAGUAGAUACAGGUGUAGUAUCAUUUUUUCUUUUAUUACCCUCCUAUACUAAUAGUUUGUGUAUAUGAAUGCAUGUGUGUGUACACGUGUGCGCACACACGCACACACACACAAAUGCAAGUAGAUAAAUAGGUAUCACUUCGUGAUGUCAUGCAGGCCACAUGACCAUGGAAAUGUCUUCAGACAGCGCUGGCUCAAUAGCCUUGAAUCGGAGAUGAACAACACCCCCUAUAGACAACGAUUAGCAGAGUAAAAUCCAUAGGGACUCCUUCACUUAUGCUAAUAGUAUAGUAAAAUACUAAAUUGAGAGGCUGAAAAAAAUCCAGAAGAGAACAAUUAUAUACCACAUUAUUGUCAAGAAAAAUGUGGGCAUAUGAAGCUGAACUUCAGAAUGUCUUUAUUUGUACAAUAUAAGAUAUACAUUCAACUAUAUUUUGACUAAUAUUUUAUUGCUUGAAAAGUGCAAUGUGCCAAUUAUUGCAUUUAUUUAUUGGCUUCAUAGGGGACAAAAGUCUGCCCCAUCUUUUGGAUUACCUUUUCAUAAAUCACAUUAAUUUACUACAAGGAGCUAUUGACAACAGUAAUUUAGUGAAGGAAACAAAUAGUGAGCACAGCAGACUGACCUCCAUUCUCCCUUAUGAUUUCAUUUAAGUUUGUUCUCCCAAUGCUUUAGUCAGUUCUUUCUAGUGUGUGAUCUACACUUAACAAAGUUUAUCUCCCAACUAAACUUUGUCGUGAGUGGAAUAAUCUUUCUCAAACUAGUACGCUCCACAUGUUUUGAACUCUACUUCCCAUGAAUUCCAUCCCCUAGAAUGCUGGUUAGGAAUUAUGGAAACUGAAGUCCAGGAGUUGAGGACAUCAAGCUAUGGAAUGCUGGUAUGGAAUAUGGAAGUAGUAUUUAUUCUUAUAUUUUGCUCAAAAAUGGUUAAUAUAAAAUGCAUUCAUUUUAUGACAGAGAAAAAGGAUGUGGUUGUAUAUGUAAUCCAGACCAUUGAAAUGAGCUUGAAAUCACUUGAAGUAAUGAGAAUGUAGUUAUAUACAAUUUGCUCAAUAAAUGUAAAAUUGGAAAAAUCUUGUUGGCCAAGAAAUUAGUGCAGGAGCCCUGGUAGUGCAGUGGUUAAAAUAUGAGUAUUGGAAGCAAACUCUCUGCACAGCCUAGAGUUUGAUCCUGAUGGGGCUCAAGAUUGACUCAGCCUUCCAUCUGACUUCGAAGUCAUAAAAUGAGGACCCAGAUUGUUGGGGCUAAUAUGCUGACAUUUUAAACUGCCCAGAGAGUGCUGUAAAGCACUAUGGUGUGGUAUAUAAGUCUGAGUGCUAUUGCUACAAGUGCUGUAGAAUAUUACCCACAAAUAUCAGUUUUACUAGGGAGCAAAUCUCUAUAAAAUUUCAUUCAGCUUUCAGUACUGUAACUCUAAACACUAGAAGUAGACAUUUUAUAAAAGUGCUUUUUUUUGUGUUCUGAACACCAGUUUUUGAAAUAUAAAUAACUUUAUAUGUUUUCCUUUUGCAUUUAGAACAUACACUGGUCUGGCAUAAUUUUUAUAAUGUAUAUAAAUAAGAUAUAUUAUUUAGAUAUAUAUCUAUAUAAAUUGUAAUACAGCAACAACACACUUUUUAUGAGAAUGUAAACAUAUUUUAGUUUUAUAUAAUUAAAAAAAAACUUUGAAAUAUAUUGCCUAGAACAGUAUAUUCAGAAAAUGCAUCCCAAAGCAAAUAACAUUAUUGAUCCAAGAUAUUCACAUAUGCUUAUAAGAUGUAACUGCCAUUUUUUUUAUUCUGCAUGUUCAAUAGCCAUGGUUACAAUCUGCACAAUAAAAGCUGUUUUAAUACAAA